AAGCGGAAGCGGAAGCGGAAGCGGACCCGAACCCGGAAGCAGCCGGGCCGCGGCCGGAAGCUGGCCCCGAGCCCCAAGGGGAGGAUGCCGGCCGGGCCGGAGAAGAGCCGCUGGGCGGGGGCCUGGCCGUGUCUCCCCACCGCCGCCUUCCUCACCGGGCUGCUGUCCCUGCUGGUGUCCGGGCCCGGCCUGCUGCACAGCGCCGGGGCCACCGCGCCGCCUGCCCCCGCCGCUUGCUCGCUGCGGCCCGGGCCGGUGCGCGAUGGGGAAGGACUGUCUGCUCAGUUCACAGACUGGUGACCUAUAUCUUUGUCUAUGAAGAUCUGAUAUCCCUGGUAUGCGGUGGCAUUAUCAUCUGGUACUUUGCUGGCAGCUUUGAGAAGAACGUAGGCACAGUGAAGCAUUGCUUCGUCACCUUUGCCUUUGCUGUUUCUUCGGCCCUGUUGUAUCUCUUAUUUGAGGCUGUCGUCUCUGGGGUGCCAGAGGUGGAAGAUGCCAAAGGAUUUACACCAGUUGCUUUUGCCAUGUUGGCAGUGUCCACCACACGUUCACGCAUGAGAAGGGCACCACUCUUUGGGAUUAACAUUCCCAUGGUGCUGGUGCCCUGGUUAAUGCUCUGCAUGGCAUGGUUUAUUCCCCAUUCCUCUCUCCUGAGUAACAUAUGUGGCCUCAUAGUUGGGAAAGUCUAUGGUCUUGGCUACUGCUUCUGUUUGGAUCUCCCAGAGUCAGUAGUAUCUAGGCUGGAUCAGAAGUUCCCUUUCAGCCUGCUGAAGAGAAUACCAGGGCUGAAGUAUAUUCCAGGGUCUUUAGCAGAGAGAAGAGCCUCCCAGAGUAGGAGGAUUAAUCCAGUGCCAGGCUCCUACCCCACCCAGAGCUACUAUUGCUCUUCACCUCCAGCCCUUCCUGUGGUUCAGUUAGAGCACCCCAAUGCCCAGAGCCUAGGAUCCUGGCACAACUGCACACCAGGGCACAUCCAUGGUUCCCCCCCUUACCAAACCAACCCUGCCUUUGGGAAAUUCUAUGUGCAGGGCCACUUUGAUGCCUCACCUGGACACUGCUGCCAACCAGCUGAUCCCCAUCCCCCCCAAGGUGCAUGUCUGCCAGAUUCUCGGAUGCCCACGGGGAUGAAGAACUUGGAGGCCAAGUUUCAGCAUGCAUCAGGUUCCCCUGCAGCGAAAGUGCCAGCUGAACUUUCAGGAGUCCAAAUACACUGAUCAUCCAAAGAGGAGCAGGACCCUCCUCCCCUCGCAGGCCCUUGUGUGAACAGCUUGCAGUGGAGUGCUGCUGAGAAAGGAGACUGCUUCAAAAGGAUUCAUUUGAUUUUAACUGAGGGUGCAGGGUCAAAUUGGACAGUCGACGGCAGCCCCUGAAUUUUUUGUCCUGGUGCAGACUGCUUAUAGACAUUUUUUCCAAUGCUCAGGUUCAUUCUUUUAUUUAUAUUCCUUUUUAAUUUUGAUACAUUUUUUAAUUUUGGCUGAAGGCUGUGACCACUACCUGUCUGUCCCUCAUUCUCAUGUGGAUUCCUCACUACACGUUGUGGCUACAGCCUAAUCUCUCUAUACUACAGCUAUGGUCCUGGUUACAACAUACUUGUCCCUUGACUCAAUUAUACUGUAGUGUAGAUGGGCACUAAUGGUCAAAACACUGGACUAGUUGGGUUUUAACCUGACUACAGGGACUAAGGUAGGUCCCUGACUCAUUUACAGUUGCAGUAUAGCCAGGACCCACAUGCUGGGUUUCCAGUGACCUGACACCGAUUUAAUUUAACAGCAGUGUUUAAAUGGAGAUGCAGAGGAGAGAGAUCUGUUUUUAUAGUUAUGCCUUGGAAGUUCUGUGCCCUGUGUUACAUAGGAGGACAGAUAAGAUGAUCACAAUGGUCCUUUCUGGCCUUGGAAUCUGAGCUGAGAUUCGGGGGACAGUGGAGUGAAUUAUAUGGUGGUAUUUUCUGCCAUGGAGAAUAGCAGCUGUUCCAUCUGCUAGAGUCUCUAAUUAGCAUCAGCCACACGGGCUGCCUUCCCCAAUCAUGUUGCUGUCAUAUAGUCUCUAUGGCAGGCACCCACAGUAACUUUGCAUGCUGCCCACAAUGCCAGCUUUGAUUCAUAAGGCUGUCCUAGAUAUUUGCAAAAGGGGUGGGCGAAUCUUAUUUAAGGGAUUUAGGAUAUUCCUGGGGAGUAUGAGGGUAGACUUAAGCUACGGUAUAUUAAUUAAUAAAUUCCAAGGCUUGAGAAGAGUCUUUAAAAUGAACUGGGCUGAAUCAAAUGGAAUUUAGCUGUUACCCUUCUAUGCAGCAUUUGAUGAGCUUUUAGAAUGCUCUUUGGUGCCAAAAUUAGUAUCGGAGACAACUAACGUAAGCAGGGGGUUGUAGGCGGUGUCUGCUAAUUAGAUCAGCAUACUGGGACUCAAAAGAUCUGUGUUCUAGUCCCAGCUCUGUCACUUCUCACUGUUUCAGAGUAGCAGCCAUGUUAGUCUGUAUUUGCAAAAAGAAAAGGAGUACUUGUGGCACCUUAGAGACUAACAAAUUUAUUAGAGCAUAAGCUUUCGCCGAUGAAGUGAGCUGUAGCUCACAUAAGCUUAUGCUCUAAUAAAUUUGUUAGUCUCUAAGGUGCCACAAGUACUCCUUUUCUUUUUACUUCUCACUGUAUUACCCUGGAUGGAAAGUCCAUUCAUUGGUGUUUGUUUCCCCAUCUCUAAAAUGGGGAUAACGUCUGGCUCCUAGAAGGAGGUGAAAUUUGCUUAUUUUAUGGUGUGUUGAAGUACUUAGUUUUCACUUCAUUCAACAUCUUUUCUAUCAUCAUAAUUCAGUGCCUAACAUUACUAUAGGCACCAAAGUAAAAAAAACAACUGCAUAUCAGGGAGAAUAUGAUGGUUUCUAUUCUGUUCCGCAUCUGGAUUCUUGGGUCAGGUGAGAAGGGCUGGAUUAGGUGCUAACAUCCAAUAUUUAUUGAUCGCCUACUCCUACAUUUUCGUCCCAUCAGUGUCUGAAAGGGGAAGGCACCUCUGCGCUGAUGCUCCACUAUCAGCUGUUAAUGUUAGUAUCAUAGCUGACUGGCAAUCACCUUAAGAAGCUGAGACAUUGAGAGAAGACUGAGGUACAAAAUUAGGACCUUGUGGGCCAGGGUUUGAAUAGCCAGGGGUGUUGCAUGUGAAGAUGGAGGUCCCUGGGCGGAGCUCUCUGAAGAAGAUGCGGCUGGUCACAGAACCUGUGUGUGUUACUGCUGGAGAUAGCUGCUGCUACCAUCUCGUUCACGAACACUACAAUUCACUGUGUGCCACCACAUUUUAAAAGAUGACUUAUGCGAUGGCAUACCUCUUCCUUACGAGCUGGAAGCAUUCUACUGUGACUGUAUUUAAUUGACGGAUGAGAUGCUUUUCUAGAGUUUUUGUUCUGAUUUUGUUUAACAGCCUGGAAGAAACACUAGAAAUAGGGAUAAAAUCAAGAGGUGAGUGACCACAGUUAGUCAAACACAUGCCUAUAUUUCUACCAUACCGCUGGUCAGUGACAAGUGUGAGGUCUUUUGCCUACAAACCAAUAGGCUCUACCAAAAAUAUUUCCAAAUGCCAUAGCAUAGAGAUGAGUGUUGGUUACUGGCUGCUUUAUAUAUAUUUCAAUGUAAAAUGUAACCUUUUAGUUUAAUUUGAAAAGCAAACAACUUAGCAGCCCCAUCUAUUUC